AUGCGGUACCUCACCGCCGCUCAGGCUUCUACAGGUGUUUUGCUUUCCCUCUCUACUUUGAUCAGCAUAACAUCUGCCUGGCCAACGUACAACCUGCAUAAUUCGCAGUUCGCGAAACGUCAAGGACCAGCUGAUCUUCCACCUCAAGGAGGUCAAGACGAAGACCCAGUCUUUAAUGAAGAGUACGACUUCAUUGUCGCAGGUGGAGGAACAGCUGGUCUUGUCUUGGCCAAUCGCCUUACUGAAUCUGGACGCUUUUCUGUACUGGUCCUCGAAGCUGGCCCCAGUCCCGAACAGGUCUUGGCGUACGAAUCACCCGGUGGCAACCAAUUCAUCAAAGGCAGCGUGAUCGACUGGGGUCUCCUUACGACGCCACAGGAGCAUUUGAACAACAGAACCUUGCAGUACCUCCGCGGGCGGACUCUCGGUGGCUCUAGCACCACAAAUGGUCUCUACUACGCGCGAGGCUCAGCCAGCGUGUAUGACCACUGGGCGGAGUUGGGAAAUCCCGGAUGGGGCUGGAACGAUGUGUAUCGCCUGUUCAAAAAGAGUACGAAGAUGAAUGCACCCACCACGACGCCGGAGCUUUCGGUGUUCAGUCAAGACUACAAGACUUUCGAUGUUGAUGCGUAUGGCGGAGGACCACUUGAGCUAGGCUUCCAGGGAUAUGUUCCGCCAUCUACCGAUGGGUUUAUCGUUGCUUGUAGUGAAGCUGCGGACAUACCGAUUGUGGAGGAUCUCAACCUUGGUGACGGCGUGGGUAUCAAACACGGAACGGCAACGCUGAACAGUAGGCUCCGAAGGAGCUCAAGUUAUGACAGCUUCUAUCAGCAAGCUCGCAACCGAACAAAUCUCAGGGUGUUGCAUGACGCUCCCGUCACCGGAAUCGUCAUGAGUAACGCAUCCGGCAAUAGCAGUUCGACGAACUCUACCAGCAGACCGCGCGCCAUUGGUGUCAGCUACAUCAACCAGCUCACUGGCUUCGUAAGCCAAGCAAGAGCGCGAAAUGAAGUCAUCGUCAGCAUGGGUGCCUUCCACUCUCCACAGCUCCUCAUGGUAUCAGGUAUUGGUCCGGCUGACGAACUUGAGAAGGUCGGUGUUGAGCCCGUCGUCGUCAAUGAAAACGUCGGUCGCAAUCUUAAUGACCACUCAGUGUUCAGUAUCAUGGCGCGUGCACAAGAAAACGCUUCUACAACCGAGAUGUCUCGCACACCCCAAAACUUGCGUGCCGCCCAAGAAGAAUACUACCAGAAUCUCACCGGCCAAUAUACCGCUCCGUCCGGCGUGACGAACGGGUUUCAAAAGCUCACGGAGCAGCAAUUACGCGAAAUCGGCGCUCAGGCUGUCAUCGACGCCGGGCUAGCAAACCAAACACAUAUCGAAUAUCUAUUCGAGAGUGUCUGGUAUCCCUGGAUUCCAACACCAUACUGGGCGCCGCUACCAAACGACUCCUACAUCUCAGUGACGGCAUCAAGCAUGGUCCAACUUUCCCGCGGAACAGUGACCCUCCGCAGUGCCUCCAUGUCCGAUAGUCCCCUCAUCAACAGCAACUACUAUGCCGACCCCACCGAUGCCGCCAUCGGUAUUGCCUCGUUCAAGUACCUCCGCUCUAUCCUUCGCCACCCGGCCUUAUCACGCUUCACUAUCGGCCCGAACUCUGGUGAAGUCAGCCCUGGCCCUGCGGUUGCUGAUGACGAUGAUGAAGCUAUCCUGGAAUACAUCAGGGCGAAUACGAUUCCUAAUUGGCAUGCUACUGGUACGAACCAGAUGCUGCCAUUGGAGGAUGGAGGUGUUGUAGAUAGUAGGCUGAGGGUGUAUGGCGUUGAUGGACUAAGAGUCAUUGACUGUAGUAUUGUACCGGUACUUCCGGAUGCUAAUAUCUUGGCGAGCAUUUAUAUGGUGGCUGAGAAGGGCAGCGAGAUGAUUAGGGAAGAUUGGGAUGAUGAGAUGACUUAUUGA